CGUGCUUUGCCAUGGCCGGCGGAGAGGCAAUGGCGGCGGCGGUGAGGGAGAUGGUUCGCUCGAUGGGAGCCGAACAGCUCGACGAGGCCAUCGCCUUCGCCACCAUGGAGCUCGCGGGCCGCGACAUUCCGUUCGAGGACGUGUUUCGGCUCUGCGACGAGCAGGAGCUCCGACGCGCCAAGAAAUCUUCCAUGGCCGAGGAGGUCGAGAGGAUCAAGGGCAAGCUCGUCGGCGGGGAAGACGGCGGCAGGCCGAGCUCCGACUCGUCGGAGGAGACCGUGGUCGAGUUGCUCCGCGCGCUGCGGUCGACGCCGAUGACGUUCGAGACGCUGGAGGCGAGCAGGAUCGGCAAGACCAUCAGCGGCCUGAGGAGGAAGCACUCCUCCGAGAAGGUGCGCGGCCUCGCCGCCGCGCUCUACAAGAACUGGAAGGCUAUCGUCGACGAGCACUUGACCAGGAGCAGCUCCAAGCCGCCGGCGCCGGCACCGACCAAGACCGCCUCCGCGUCUGAUCACGCCAAGAAGACGGACAUGGCGGCCGCUCACAAGCCGGCGCCAGCGCCGUCGCCGAGGAAGACAGCAUCGAACAAGCACGAGGCGGCGCCGGCACGCGCGGACGACGCGAAGCUUGCGGCAGCGAGGCGCAAGCUCCAGGACGGCUACAAGGAGGCCGCGUCCGCCAAGAAGCAGAGGGUGAUCCAGGUGAUCGACACGCCGAAGAAGGUGAAUCGGCGUCCCGUCGCCGUCGUCGAGCGGCGGCGCAUCAUGCCGGGUGUCGCCACGGUGGCUCCACUGCGGAUGUGUAGAGCUGUAUGAGCAGGGGGAACUAUUGCAAACUCUGGGACAUAUACUCUUAAGGAACAUCUGCUCGUUAUUUGUACUAGAUGCUGGGGCACGCCAAUGGCGCGCCGCCUGCAUAUAGAUUGCUUGAUUAGUGUAGACUAAUCAUUUGUUUUCAGGCUGAAUCAAUGAUUAUGUAAGAAAAAAAAACCUAUGAAUACAUUUGCAGUGAAUGCCGUUGAUGAGUAAUUUUCCAUACAUUGUUUUACAGAUUCUGCUGAGAACAAAACUCUUACACUUUACAAUCUAAAGAUGAAGCACCAAUGCAUAUAAAAAAUAAAAUCAAAGUUUUACAUAAUGAUCAGAGUAAUG